AUGGCUUCGACGCCGAAUCCAAAAUCGUUGGCCCACGACGACUACACGGUGGGAUGGGUCUGUGCCCUAGAUUCGGAGCUCACCGCAGCGACGGCCAUGCUAGAACAGACCCAUUCCGAUCUCCCAACGCCGGGCGACGAUACGAACGCAUACACCCUUGGUUCGAUAAGCGGGCACAACAUCGUCAUCGCCUGUCUGCCCAUCGGAAAGACCGGUAACAACUCGGCAGCAACCGUUGCGGUGCAGAUGAUCCGAACUUUCCCAUCCAUCCGUUUCGGCCUCAUGGUUGGCAUUGGCGGCGGUAUCCCGCCCAACGUCAAGCUCGGCGAUGUUGUCGUCAGCACACCCACCGGGAGUUACCCAGGCGUGGUCCAGUACGACUUCGGCAAGGCCAAAGACGGCGGCAAAUUCGAGCGGACGGGGGCGUUGAAUAACCCCCCGAGGUCACUUCUUACGGCUGCUAGGAAGCUGCAAGCGGAACACGAGCGAACUGGCUCACGAAUGCCCGAAUAUCUAGACCAGUUGGCGCAGAAGUACCCCAGAAUGGCGUCGGCCUAUCUGAGAACCGAUUCGCUCAAAGAUGUGCUAUUCGAAGCAAAAUACAGUCAUGUCACCAAGGACCCUGCGGCCGAUGAAGAGGAGGACGAGCAUGACGAUGGACAUGACGCUGUAGCAAGACAGGGAACAGGGCGAUCAGCAGAUGAAAACGGCUUUUUCCUCCGCAUCAUAGUGCAGUGGCUGGUGGCGAUGUGGGCUGCGUGGAUCCAAAGCGUGGGCGGCGGUAUCUGGCAACAACCGGCGGUCCAGAACGUGGUCCCGCAGACGGGGUUUGCAACAGAGGAAGACGAUUGCCCUCACUGCGACAAGACCAGGAUCGCGAAAAUGACGCCGAGGGUUGCCGAUGAUGGGGAUGUACACUACGGCUUGAUCGCAUCGGGAAACAAAGUCGUAAAGGAUGCCAUGGUCCGCAACCGGAUCAAAAGAUCCCUGGAGAACCAAGCCCUCUGCGUCGAGAUGGAAGCGGCCGGGUUGAUGGAUAACUUCCCCUGCAUGGUCAUCCGCGGGAUAUGCGAUUAUGCAGACUCGCACAAGAACGACAGGUGGCAGAAACAUGCAGCGGCCGUGGCGGCUGCCUUUGCCAGGGAACUUCUAAGCCACGUCCAGCCGAGUGAUGUGAGGGCAGAGAGUACCGUGAAGCACAUCCUUGACCAUAUUCGAAGUGAUGUUCAGGAAUGCAGAGAGAACGUUGGUGCAAUCAGAUGGACACUCGACAACAAGGAACAUCUUGAGAUCCUCGACUGGCUUACACCGGUCAACUACGGCCCUCAACAUAGUGACUACUUCAAUCGACGGCAACCCGGAACCGGCCAGUGGCUUCUGGAUACGAACGAAUUCAGGCAAUGGGUGGAGGGUCGUCAGCAGACACUGUUCUGCCCAGGCAUGCCCGGGUCGGGAAAGACGAUGCUCGCCUCCAUCGUCGUCAACAAGCUUAUCGCAGACUUCAGGAACAACAGCGACAUCGGAAUUGCCUACCUAUACUGCAAUUGGAAGGACCGCCAAAACACCGAAGACCUUAUCAGCAGUGUGCUGAAGCAGCUUGCCCAAGGCAGGUCGACUCUCCCGCAGACCCUAAAGUCACUUCAUGACAGGCAUAGCCGCCAAAAGACGCGGCCAUCAUUCGACGAAAUCUUGGAGUCUCUCCAUUCCGUAGCUUCGGGAUACACCCGAGUCUUCCUCGUCAUCGACGCCCUUGAUGAAUGCCAAGCGUCUGACGGAUGUCGCGACCGACUCCUGUCGGAAAUGUUCGCUCUCCGGGCUAAGUAUGAAGCAAACCUCUUCGCCACAUCGCGUGACAUUCCGGAAAUCACGGCGAGGUUCACCCAAAGCAUGAUGGUGGAGGUCCGUGCAAGCGAUGGAGAUGUAAGGCGGUACAUCGAAGGGCACAUCGACCGUCAUAUGCCACCGCUGCGGGAACACAUUGAGAAGUUCCCGCAGCUGAAGGAAGAAAUUGUCACCGGUAUCACCGCCGCGGUUCAGGGAAUGUUUCUCUUGGCACAAAUCUAUCUCGGCCUGCUCAACGACAAGGUUACACCCAAGAAGGUUAGAGAUGCGCUGGCAGAGUUUCAGGGGCAGGCCUCUAGGGAAGGCACAAAUGGCAAGCAAAUUGCAAACGCAUACGACCAAACCAUGGCGCGAAUCAUGGGACAAGAGCAAGGUUUUCGGGACCUGGCCAAAGGCGCCCUGUCGUGGAUCACUUGUGCUGAGCGACCGCUCACCACUGUGGAACUCCAACACGCGCUUGCGGUUGAGCAGAACGCCUCCGAACUCAGCGAGGAUAACUUUCCUGGGAUCAAACUCAUAGUUUCGGUAUGUGCCGGGCUGGUUACAGUCAACGAGCAAAACGGCAUCAUCCGGCUAGUUCAUUACACGACUCAGGAAUACUUUGAGCAAACGCAAGGUACCUGGUUUCCCGAGGCUCAGUCCGAUAUCACAAGGGCCUGCAUUUGCAGCAUCACCUGCCUAUCUUCGGCCUUUGACAGCACGGUGGAUUGCGGCUCGGGUGCAUCGGGAUUCAAUCUAGACGCAUAUCCGUUCGCUGCCUAUGCGGUUCUCAACUGGGGUUACCAUGCUCGCAAAUCGUCAAAAUUGCAUGGCGUGGUAAUUGAGUUCUUGGAGUGCCCAUCAGAGGUGGCUUUUUUCGCUUGCGAAAGGCACCAAACACCCGACCCUGCGCGGAGCGUUCUGACUCAAAACCGGUGGAGAAAUUCACGUCUCCCUGCCAAAUCCGAGCGGGAAGCCAUUGGGCAGAACGGUUUGCACCUUGCCGCGGCAUUCGGAUUUCACGAAGUGCUUCACUUAUUGCAACACCUCGAUCCGAAUGCGCGCGACAACUUCGGCCGAACACCACUGGCCAUCGCCGCCCGAAUCGGACAGGCGGCAUUUGCCGAAAUCUUGCUUAAAACACAUCAACCCGAGAUCGACUCGAGGGAUUACGGCGGCCAAACGCCGUUGAGCUGGGCCGCUGAGCGCGGCCAUGAGACAGUGCUAUCAAACUACUACUCGAAAGCGGAGCCGAGGUCAAUUCGAAGGAUAAUUAUGGCCAAACACCAUUGA